UCCCUUUCUCUCUCUUCUCCCACCCCCUUCAGUUAUAAGUGCUUUCUCUUCUCACAGAGCACACUCUUUUCCACGGAUUUUCAUUCCAUUCAGUGAUCUUAUCUGUCAAGGCUGUUACUUUAUCAAGUAUGGGUGUGCAACAGAUGGCCAGUGCAUUAUGUCACCGGCCAGGUAUCUCCUUUUCAAUCCUCUUUAACAGAUAUUUAUUUUAAGAGAGUUGGUUUCUGUAUUAUAGGUUGUAUUUCAGUCUGCUUUAAGUUAAUAUUUCCAAAUUAAAUUUGUCUUGAACUGUUGAGUAAGCACAUUGAUCUGUCAAGCGGUUUCUUCCACCAUCGCGUUCUACAACGAUUAGAUAUUGAACAUUUAAAUGCUAGACGAAUAGGGCGUUCACACAUGUCCACGCGCAGUAGAGGAUGUCUGUGAUUGGGUGCGUGUCUAGCAAGCGGCGCGUGGUGCUGUGGAGACCUAAACAGCAUCAACAGACAAGCAGUGAAUAUCAAACCGAGACGAGCCUCCAGCAUCGACACACCUAACAGUAGUACAUCUCAGGAAUAUCCAAAAGAUGGAAAUGUCAGCUUGUUAAACUGACACCACAUCAUGGCUGAUAUCUACACCACAUAGGAGCACUGACAGUCUUUGUAUCAUUUUACGUUUGUGUAUAGGCUGGACAAUAGUACUGCUGCAUGCGCACUCCCGAGUAGAUCACGAGUGAUGGGCUUAAGUUAAAUCGGGCAGAAAAAAAUAACAUUACAUGACGGUGUGAUUAUUAUGGCCAUUACUCAUGGAGUCAAAACAUUGACCCGCCAGUGCAACAUUUAGGCUAGUCUGUCCGAAGCUUCAGCAUGGGUUCUCGUCUGAGCAGACAGAACAGUCUGGACAACGAGAAUUUUUCAAGGAGGCGCCGCAAGCAUCUCGACAGCACGGGAGAAAGCGAUAGGAGUGGAAGUCGUGGCAGCGGAGACUUCUUGUUUACAUCACUGAUGCUGAAGUCGGACAAGCUACCGGGGAUGCUGCGCCGAACCAACCACAGUCCCUACGUGCGACGAGUCACCUGGAUCCGUGAGAUCCAAAAACUGCUCCGCGAACGCAAGCUAGACCAAGCAACCGACGUGCUGAAAUUACUGAGGAAGGACCUGGGUUUGGAGGGCACAUCCCUGAAUGAUAUCUUAUAUAAGAAUGCAGCCUUCCUCAAUCUGGUGGAUCCCAUCUCACAUGAGUUGCUGCUAAGUCUGGCCAGAGAUAUGCAGUGCCCAAAGAAGGAUGCUCAGGACACUCUGAAGUCCUCGGAUAAAAUCUGCCGGCAGCUCAUCUACCACCUGACGCCGCACUCCAAGUGGCUACGCAAGAGCAUGUCCAGGAGGAAGUCGCAGGCCUGCCUGAAAAAUACCCUCCAGAAGAAGCUCUCCACCGACGCCGUGGACCUUUCCGGAAUCCCGCUCUCCACUCGUGACGUUCGGCACGUGACGUACCACCUCCAGACCAGCGGGGGCGCUGUAGCCGCUGUGGACCUGAGCUUCUGUGAACUGCGGGACGAGGGCCUGCGGCUGCUGCUGCCCGCCCUAGCCGCGCUGCCCAAGCUUAACACACUGGCGCUCAAUGGCAACCGGCUCACUGUGGACGUGGUCAAGGACCUAUCCGAGGUCCUCAAGGACGCCAAGAGCUUUUCCUGCCUAGCGUGGAUCGACCUGGGCAACAAUGUGGACAUCUUUACCAUGCCACAGCCCCUGCUGGUGGCUCUGAGGCGCCGCUGCAGCCUUAAAAGCAGUCUUCCCACCAUCUACGAGUACACCGAGGGCCAACCCUACUGCUACCGCAUGGAGGCCUCCAUCGAGGAGCCCAGUGUCUAUGAAGAAGAGGAGGAAGAGGUGGAUGUGGAGGAAGAGGAGGAGGAAGAGCUAGAGGCUUGGGGUAUUUCCGAGAACGUGAAGGGUUCACCUAAUUUUACCUUGCACUAUUGUGAAAGGUGAACCCACCCCCCCCUUUCCCCACAUGGCAAACACACACACCUCCCAACACACAAACAUAAGCCCUGCUGACAACCCGCGGGAGUGAAAGAGGUAAAAACAGAAAAAGAGAGAGAAAGAUGGAGAGAGUAACAUAUCCUCCCUCAAUCAAGCACUUCUCUCAGUCCAAACACCUUUGACAACUUCUUCUUCCUCUAUCACUGUAUCACCGUGACGUUAAAAGUCACCCCAUUGUGGCAAACAAUACUACAAUCAGUCAAUGAGAUGUGUUACUAACAUACAUGUGACUAAAACACCUCCUCGCCACUGGUAUUUCCACUGGUGACGGUUGCUGUGUGUGAUCUCUGUUCCCGGGGUGCCACGUGUCAAACUUGAAAGACCUGCAUCACUGACUUACUGUGUUGGUGGAUGGUGCCCCUGGGAGUGAGGUGGGGGUUCAUUUGAGGGGGGGCUAGAAGAGUCUUCCGGAAAGGUGUUCUCUUCUCCCCUCAGUCUUCUCACCCGACGGAGCAGUGGCCGGCCGUGGUCUUGCUGAAAAAACAAAGUUCCCAAAACUGGCGGCGUGGCAGAGAUCAGAUGACACACUAAACACUCAACCACAUGGCCUCCAAUGGCGCUACUGAUGACAGAAAGCUUGGGAUGAAGACUUGCCCCGAUCAGACGGCGUUUCGGUUGUUUUUGGUUCGCUGGGACUUGCGGGGUUAAGCCACAGUGGUCGUGUUUUCCACCACAGAGUAACUGAGACCCUCUCUCUGGCAGCCAACCGGGCCUAGCUUCCCUUACACUGUGUGUGCAUGUGUGUGUGUGUGUGUGUGUGUGUGUGUGUGUGUGCGUGUGUGUGUGUGUGUUAG